UUGUGACAUGUGAGAGCUAGUUCCCUGACCAGGGAUCGAAGCCAGGCCUCCUGCAUUGAGAGCAUAGAGUCUUAGCCACUGGACCACUGGACCACUUUAGGAAGUCCCCAAAAAAUAUUUCUAAAAGGGCCUCCUGGACUUCUAAAGCGUCCUUCUAAAAGGAUCCCAGUCUCGUGUUUCCUCCUAGGAGGAUUUCCUAUCUCCCUACCACCUAUUAUACAAGCUUGUGUGUCCAGGACUCCGAGGUCCCCUCUUACCUCCCUUGUUCUCACCUAUACAUGGCUCAGUUCAUUGCCCUUUUAAUAGCCCUACUUCACUCUGCCCCAACUCUGAAACCUUCUGGGCCCGGUUGGAAGUCUCCAUUCAUCCAUCAUCUGCUGAAACAUAAGUCUCCUCUUUGCGCAGCGCCUCUUAAGACCCUUGCAGGGAGUGGCUGCUUUCUCUCCUACUUUUCUUCACUCGUUGCUUCUAGAUUGUUCUCCCUCCCUUUUAUCUAAAACAGUUCUGACUCUUGGAACAUCAGACUGUCAUUAUCACUCCUGCUUCUUUGUUGCAGUCAUCUUAUGAAUGGUUCACUUGUCUGCAAAGAUUUCUACUCUUGCAGUACUGCAUCUAAAACCACCCCAUCAUACUCCCAGUCCCAUUAUCGGUGUAGACAACCUUCCCGUGUCCUGACCUCACAGCUUUUCGACCUCUCUGCUAGUGGUUUUGCCUCCCACCCAGCCUGCAACAGACACUGCCAUUGUCAUCCCUAGGACCAUUCCAUUACCAGCGACUAGGACCUGCCCACCAUCUGUUUCAAGUAUCUUUUCCUAAGCUAGUUGGCUGUUUAGUACCAAGAUUCCAACAAUCCCUUGCCUGAAGCUUCCCUCCGGGUUGCUCCCAGCAGAUGACUUUGCUCCUUGUUUCCUGAGUGAAUAGGGGCCACCAGCAGAGGCUUCCAUCGUAGGUCUCCACCUCCUCUACCCACUUUUGGUAACAUCCGUGCCUUCCCACUGUUGCCUUUAUACAAAUGGACUGGGUUGGUGCCAGAGCCUGUUCCAUGUCCACUGCCUCAGGACAUUGUUCCUGCGUUUCCCUUAUCUGUUGUAUCAUCAGGUUUUCUAUAUAUACUGGGUUAUCCCCAUCUAUGCGCAAACAUACUUUAAAAAAGGAAAAGAAAACCCUCUAGCUCCUGUAUCAUUCUCUGCUUUGUUACAGAAAGCCGAAUUUCUCAAAGGUGGUCUCUUGCUGUCUUCAUUUCCCUUCCAUUCUUUCUUCUGCUCAGCCAUUCAGUUGUGUCUGUCUCUUUGUGAACGCAUGGACUGUUGCCCACCAGGCUCCUCUGUCCAUGGAAUUUCCCAGGCAAGAGUACUAGAGUAGGUUGUCAUUUCCUCUUCCAGGGGAUCUUCCCGACCCAGGGAUUGAACUGACAUCUCCUGGGUCACCUGCAUUGGCAGGCAGAUUCUUUACCACUGAGGCCCUGGGGAAGCCGUUCUUUCUUGAACCCACUCCAAAACCUACCUUGCUGCCAGAUGUCUUCCACAUUGCUAAAUCCAGUGGUCAGUUCUGUUUUCUUCCUUGACUUUAGCAGCAGCAUCUCAAAUUCUCAGGUGAUGGGUCAUUUCCUUCCUGAAAUACAUUCACCUGGCUUUUGGGGCUCAACCCCUGCCCCUCUGGCCUGCAUUUCAGGUCCCCUUUGCUGUUUCCUCCCCACUUUCUGUCUGCUCACGCUACCUUGACUUCAGCCAGUCUUGAGGCUCUAUAAAUACCACAGGUAUGCUGUUGAAUCUCCCUUUACGUCUGCAGUUUGGUGAGUUUUGAAAAAAAUGUCCAUAUCCUUGUAACCACCACUACAGUAAAACUAGAGAAUUUUUUCCCCUCUCCAAAAAGUUCCCCAUGUCUCUUCACAGUUAAUCCCCACCACAACCCUAAGACCUGAGCAGUCACAUGUCUGUUUUGUGAAUACACAUUAGAAUUGUCUCUUAGAGUUUUAUACAGAUAGAAUUGUACAGUGUUCUGCUCGUAUCCUACAUUUUGUAUCCAGAUACUUGUGCUCAGCAUGAUUCUGAAGGCUCCUCCACGUUGUACUGUGUGUCAGUAGCUUACUUUGCGUUGCAUGGAUGAGCCACAGGCAGUCAUCCUGUUCACCUGUAGAUGGACGUUACCUUGAGCCCAGCUCUGGGCUAGUGUAAAUACAGCUGCUAUGGAUGUUCCUUUUCAGUGCUUUUUGUGUGUGCAGGUUUUCAUUUAUCUUGGGUAAAAACCUAGCAGUGGAAUAGCUGAGUUGUAUGAAGCUGUUCUUUCUGCCUGGACACUGCCCUCCCUUGUGUGACAUCACAAAGAUGAAACGCCUCGGCAGGUGGAGCAAGUGUGGCGCUUACGGGCAGCACCCUGCUCAAGAUUAUUUUCCCUUAGAAAGACAGCCAAAUGUCACCAAACAACCCAUACAGUUCGGUAAGCAAUUUCGUUUGGUCCAUGGAGCUAUCCCAAGACCCAGAGCUCCAAGUACCACGCCCAUGCAGCCCCCAGCAAGCACUGAUGAUGAGAAGAGUGAGCCUGCAAGGACCACCCUUGGUUUUAUAGGAUAUUCAAUGGGCCUAAACACCAACCCCUGGAAUGCAGCAUGGAUUCCUCAUAGACCUGCUCUUGUUAAAGUAAUUACAGUUGCAUGUAUAGCCCUCACUAUUGCCCUGAUAUUUGGGACCAUUAUUUCCUACGUGAUAUAUCGACUGGUAGAGGCUGAGGAAAAACAACAACUUGCAUCACUUUAUAAAAAUAUCAAGAUCCCAUCGUUAGGAGAUGAAGAGGAAUUCUUUGAGGAUGAGAGCCAGGACGAGUCCACGUACCUGCUUCCAGAGAAUGAGAAGGAACUGGAAAAUUUCAUUCAUUCAGUUAUUAGAUCGAAAAGAAGAAAGCAUUUUGAAAAGAAGAGAUGGAAUGCAGCACAGAACUUGGUAAAGGAAGUGGAAGUAAAGGAUCCUGCACAACCUGCCAAAGCGGGGCGUCUGUGAAAGCAGGUGACCGAGACGCAGGACUGGCAGCCAGUGCGGAACGACAACUGCGGGAGGACGUAGGCUGAGAGCGCGGGCCUGACUUUCUUCUGGAGGACCUUGUACAGGAGCACCCUGAAUGAUGACGACUAGACGUGAAAGCAGAAAAUAAAUUCAUGUGAUGUGGCAGUUCCUGCUUCCUAGCUCUCAUAGUUUUAUGAAUAAAUAUAACUUAAUUGGAAGAGAAA